AGUAGAAUGUGUUUUCGUUUAGACUGCGCGCAUUGGAGUUAUGCGGCUGAAUGAAGCAAAUAAACCGUGUGUUUACAGUCUAGUUUAAUCUUCUACGGUAUAGUUUGAUCAUAUAUAUCGUGUGAUGGCGGCGGGAGGAGCAGCGCAAGUGGGAGAUGUGGAGGAGGACGCGUCUCAGCUCAUGUUUCCUAAAGAGUUUGAGAACGCAGAGACGCUGCUGAACUCGGAGGUGCACAUGUUGCUGGAGCACCGAAAGCAGCAGAACGAGAGCGCGGAGGACGAGCAAGAGCUGUCCGAGGUCUUCAUGAAGACCCUAAACUACACGGCCAGAUUCAGCCGCUUCAAGAAUCGAGAGACUAUCGCUAGUGUGCGCAGUUUGCUGCUGCAGAAGAAACUCCACAAGUUUGAGUUGGCCAGUUUAGCCAAUCUGUGUCCAGAAGCAGCCGAGGAAGCCAAAGCCCUCAUUCCCAGUUUGGAAGGGAGGUUUGAGGAUGAGGAGUUACAGCAAAUCCUGGAUGACAUUCAGACCAAACGCAGCUUCCAGUACUGAUCCUCCAUCUCUCGCUUUCCUUUUCCAUGUGUUUCUGUGUUCUGUAGUUGUUUAAUGUGCUGUUGUUUUUGAAAAUUAAAGUGUUUUUUGUAUUUAAAA